AUGGUGAGAGCAAGUCGAAAUACAACACGCCGUCGUGGUGUGAAUUCUACAACGAGCAAUAACAAUAGUUCAGUUGGAUUAAUGCAACCUAAACUUGAAUCUCAAUCACUCGUGUUCGAUCAACAAUCAUCGACUAUACAAACUAAAAUGGUGCCCAUCGUUUCUCGUUCGGAUUCGAGUCAACAGAACUCGACGAUUCACAUAUGUUCGCAUUGUUCGCAGCCCAUCCACGAACGGUACUUUCUUCACACACAAGAUCGUCUAUCGCGUGGAAACUAUUGGCAUAUGCAAUGUUUACGUUGCCAAUCGUGUGAUGUCGUCUUAGCUGACGUGGCUUCCACAUUUUAUAUUAAAGACAAUGUACUCUUGUGUAAAUCGGACUACAUCAAAAGAUACGGCAGUCGGCCAUGUUCGUCGUGUAGUCAAGUUAUCGAAACAAAUGAACGGAUAAUGCGUGUUAAUCCAAAUUAUGUCUAUCAUCUUUCUUGUUUUGCUUGCAUGAAAUGUCAAACACCUUUAGUUAAAGGUGAUCGAUACGUUCUUUUUAAUGGACAACCGUUUUGUGAAAAAGAUAAUCCAAUUAAAUCGACAGGAAAUAGCUCGGCUACGAAGCGCGGAAAUACCACAUCGAAACGUGGAGCGAAAGCCGCACGUGCAGCGGCAGCUGCUGCCACUGCUGCAGUAACCACGCACACUCAAGUCCAACAAAGUUUUUCAACCGCACCACCGCCGCCGCCACCACAGUACCAUCAUACCGGACAUAUGUCACUUUUAAAUAAUCUACAUAAUUCGAAUACGAUCACACAUUCUUUGCUCAGUAGUAAUUUAAAUCAUAACAAUUCAUCAUCAAUGGCUACCGUGACUGGCGAUGAAUUGUAUUAA